AUAGAUAUAGCAAUUUUUUCUCUCCUCCUCCUCUUUCUCUCUCCCCACAAAGAGAACACAGAACAUGAUUUCCUUCAAAGCAAUUCAAACCACCUUCAUUCCCACCAAAGAUGCCCUCUUCCACACAAGAGGACCCUCCAAGAAGAAGAAUUCCCUCCUCUCUCCAUGCAAGUCUAACGACUCCGAGUCGGGAACUUCCCCACCUGAAGGAGAUGCUCGUAAACAAGAACUCCUCGUCAAAAUCGCAAUGCUUCAAACUCAAAAAGUUCGCCUGAAAGAUUACUUGGAUGAGCGGUCAGCUUAUCUAACUCAAUUUGCCGAAGAAGCCAAUGCUGAGUUCGAUCAGAUUGGUGAAGAUGCCCUCAAAGGACUUGAUGAAGCAGGUGCCAGGAUAAUGGAGAACAUAGAGACCCGAAUGCAAGCUUUUGAAGAAUCCACGGAAAUGAACAAACUGGAAAUUGAGAAGAGCAAAAAGAAGUUAGUAGAGUUCGAGGAUCAAAUUGACAAGGACCGGAAUGAAGGGAUGUUCUUCAAGAACUUGGGGCAGAGGUCACCUGCUGAAAAAGCAAACGCUAAGGAAGUUGUGGAGAAGAUUAAAGAGAUUGCCAAAGAAAAUGCCGGCUCAAAAACAAGGAGGAAUGUCUACCUGGGAUUAAUUUGCUUGGUAGCUGUUGGGAUCGUUGACUCCUUGAUCUCUUCAUCAUCUGGGUGGCCAAAAGUCGUGAUCCUUGGGGUGAUUUUGGUGGCUUUGCUUUCCCAAUUCAUCUACGAGCAGAGGCUGUUAUCAGAAUCAGAAAGAACGGAAAAGGACAAAACCCAGGAAGAGAAAAAGUGAAGUCCUAUGUGUUUCUUCUGUUCUAAUUAAUUAGCCAGUACAGUUUUUAAGAAAUAUGAAUAUAGCGUGAGACAAACCCAAGUGAGAUCUAACACUUCGGACUAAUACAUAAAGCUUUGCUUUUGCAUCA